AGUUUAAGGAAGUCCCGUUAAAUACCAGGAAGUUGUAAACAAAGCUGACAGCUAUUUAGUUAGCUGUUAAGUACAUGAAUGGAUGCCCAGUAAGCCGUGAAAACAGGCCAGUUGUUCAUCGAUAUCGUGGAUUAAUUAACAGUACAGCUUGUCUUAUACAUAUAGAGCGGGUUUCGCGAGAAUAUAUAUAUAUAUAUAUAUAUCCCUUCGUAUGUUCGUUUCACAAGCUAACGUUAGCUGCCUUCCGUUAUAUCGUUAGGAAAGGCUAACGUUUGCACAAGGACAUUGGAGCUAGCGUUGACGCUUGCAAAGUUAAUUUACAGCUUUAUUAAACCGAAGUGAACGGUUAGUGAGAAUUCUCAGUGUCUGGUUCUUUUUUCCCUUUCUGCGUUUGCUGUCCGGAGGCAGAAAGAACGUGAAAAAAAGGGCGAAGUCCGCAUUUAGCAAAACAACAAUGUCUACUUCAAACGCUAAUUUUAAAAACAAGUGUGUGACCCAGGUGAACUGCAUAUUUUGUGACAGCCUGCUCUGCACGAGAGGCAUGAAGGCAGUGCUUCUUGCAGACACCGAGGUCGAGCUGUUUUCCACUGACAUACCUCCCAAUAGAACUGUUGACUUUGUGGCCAGCUGCUACUCCACUGAAAGCUGUAAAUGCAAACUGAGAGACAUCGCAUGUCUCAAAUGUGGAAAUGUUGUGGGCUAUCACGUUGUAGCCCCCUGCAAACCCUGCCUGCUCUCCUGUAACAACGGCCACUUCUGGAUGUUCAAUAGCGAUGCUGUUUCUACUCUCAACAGACUGGAUUCAACGGGCCUUAAUCUGCUCCUUUGGGGAGAUCUUCCUGAGCUAGAUGACAGCGAGAAUGAAGAAUCAGAAAGCCCAUCAGAGGAGGAGUGUAUUAGGUAGAGUGGGAUAUGGACAAUGUGAGAGACCUGGAGUGCCAGCUUUUGAGAGGUGGAGAUUUAAAAAAAAGAAAAAACGUGUAUAAUCCAUGCUGGGAUGAGACAAAAGAAGAGGAACCAAAAGGGUAAAUGAACACCCAGUUACAUGGGACCAGCAAUCCUGCUGUACUACUCUGUGUGGGCUGAAAGAUUAAACCAUUGUUCACUUAUGACCCUACCUGGAAAAAAAAGUGGUGUCACAGCAGGUGUUUUCCCACUAUAAGCUGGCAGAGAACACCUGCCUUGACAUUAGUGAUUUGGGGUGUGGCUGUAAAUACUGGAAGGUUUAAACCCAAAGAGAGCGGUACAGGGGAAGCUUUUGGUGCUCGUAAUUGAGUGUUUUAAUUACCCUUUAACCUGUGACCAUGCCUUUCCUGAUCACUUUUCACUGUUAAAAGCACAGACACGCACAUUCACACAUUCUUUUCAGUCUUUCUCUCAUUUUUGUACAUUUGUGUGCUAUUAUUUUAACAAAAAAAAAACAUGCAGCUGAAUUAAAUUGAAAAUAACAGACAGCUAGACUCCAUAAUCUAGUGUGUUCUGCUUUUCAGAGCUCAUUGUUUUGAUCAGCCUUAUGAAAAGUUGGGUGUGGUGUGAUUAAUUAAUGGUACAUACCAGUGAAUGCUUUGCUUUUUCACACCAUUAACACCAUCAGAUUUUUCUGGGUAGGAGGUCUGAAAUUUACCUAUAUCCUUUUUUUUAAUAGCACUUAUCUUUAUGUUGAAUGUGCUGUAAUAAGUAAAACUUCUAUUAACGGUAAUCUUUUAAUCUCUGGAGGCCUUUUCAGAUAUGGGACAUUAAAAUGUUAAAGUGACAGCAUUCUGUUCUUCAGACAUGGGUGACUUUUACGUUCAUGUUCCUCGAGGUUUUAUUAAGAUAUACUAAGGGGACUGACAAAGAGACAAACGUGUGUUUGUAAUAUUUUGAGUGAUAUGUCGAAUUAUUGGCAGCAGCUAUUGACGCGUAAAGAAAAAAGCUUUUCUGUCUUAUUGGGAUCAACUCGUGAGAUACUCAACUCGCACAGAUGCAGCAGAGGCAUGCAUUCAGAUUUACGGCAUGUCGAAUGUGACACAAAUUUUUUCUACCCGGAAAAAUUACUGUCAUGACUUUUGCUUAAAAGUUAUCGGGGUGCCCAUUCAGGCACAAAGCUAACAUGCUCAGAUGCUGUCAAAUUAAUGAAAAGGCACUAACUGAAACUUUGAGUUCUUUUUGAAUCCCUCAUAUUGAAGAAAUAGCACAAUUACAGAGUGAUGUAUCUAUUUAUGUUCCUUGGGCGUCUAGGGCAUAUUUAAUUUAGGUUACCUUACAAUCUGCUCUUCUGUCAUUGGUGGAUUUUGAGAUGCUGACAUAGUGUUUGCUGCACUUGUGAUAGCAGCAUUUAAGUGUUUAACACCCAGCCGAGUCUGACUGUAGCAGUGUUCCUUACUAACUUACUAACCUAUGAAUGGGUUGUGCUUUCACACAAGCCUGUGGAGCAGCUGAGUGGAGUAUUCACCCAGAGCUCAAACAAUAAAUAGCUCAAUAUAAACAAAUGCUUACAUUUGUGACAAUUUAAAAAAAGGAUGCCGAUCAUGAAGCAAGAUCGUGAAAACAUGAGCUCAAAUGGGUGCGAGUGUCCUAGCUCUGUUUCUGUUGCACAACUGUUCACUUUUUAUGUAGCAGCAUACCUGUAGCAACUGAGGAGAUGGAAAAAGUGAACUCCAAAGAAUCAUGGGACAUAUCAGUGUUUAACUUACAGGUUGCCUCCUAGUCUAGAAAGAUAAUUACUUCAUGUGGCGCCUGAUUUAUAGAAAAGCCUUUGACUUUUUUUUGUGAGCUGUUUGAAAUGAUGCUUAAACCAGUGCUACAAAGCUCCCAAAAUUGAAUAUUUUAGCCUUACUGAAAUGAACCUCUGUUAAACUGUAACCUCUGGGCUGUUGCUGUAUAUUAACCUGUCAUCACUGAGUGACCAGGCCAUUUACUCAGCAAGCUACAAAAUCCUCCAUUCACAACAGACUCAACUCAAAGCCUCUUUUUCACAGUGCCAUCCUUAAGCUCUUGUUAUUGUUUCACUGCUGUGCCCUGCUAAUACUAUGAUCCUGUCUUAAAGUAACAAUGUUUCUGUGGAUGAUUGACAACUUCCUGUGUUGCCGGUGAAUAUUAUUUUAAAAAAGGAAAAAAUAAGCAAAUGUUGAAUGUCCCACUUUUUAGGUGAAGGAAGAGGAGAAGAAAGGAAGCAGCUUUUUUAAAUGUUUAACUGGCCUCUGUUUGUCUAUGCUAUAGCCUUUAGUUGUGGAAAUACACCCAUAAACGAGGAAACUUUUUCUGUAUUUUCCACAUCUAUCACCUUUUAAAAAUUAUAACUGACAGUCUGUCACACUUUCACACCAAAUACUGUCUGUGUGGAUACCAUACAGUGCAUCAGCUAGGUAUUUAUUAUAUCCACAAACCAAAUAUCUAUCACCACAUACUUACUUUGGGGUUUUUUUGUUUACAAAAUUUGUUUACAACUGCUUGUUUUGUUUUGUGCUGUAGUACUUAUGUUUCUGUUUCUGUAUUUAAUAUUUAAUUGUGUAGUGCUUUGUUUUGUACAUUUAAAGACUGAAUGUGUGCAGUUUUACCUCAAGAAGGUAUUACUCGUGAGCUUCCUCUGGCUAGGACAAUUGUCAAAUGAUAAUCAGAAGAACUAUUUAAAUGGCUGUGUCUGGAUGUGAAUAACUUUGAUUAACAUGCCCUGCUGAAAAUGUAUAUUUUGGAAUUGCACUGAAACUGCAUUGAUAGUUUGAAGAAAAUGAUUUGUUGUUUUGUAUGCUUGUUAAAUUAAUAAAGUUUUUUUUUUUUUUCAAAGUU